AUGGAUUUUUUUAAUUUUGGUUUUUUCUUUUUUGUUGUAGUGAUUUGUAUUUUAUCUCAAGAAAAUAAUAUUGAACAAUGUAAAUUGGUUAAAGAAAGGGACUCACUCAAUGCUAAAUUAGAAAAUCAAUUUAGCAAAUCAAAUCAAUUACAAGAGAAAAUAUUAGAAAAAGACCAAAUUAUCCAAAUGCUUGAAAAAAAGCUUUUAUCAGAACAAAUAGCUGUAGUUCAACUCUCUUGUGAACACAAACAAACAUUGGAUAUAUUGAAUCUUAGAUCAUUAUGGAUCCGAUCGAUACCUUGCUAA